AAAAUAAUAAAACAGAGAAAGGGAGAGUGAGGGAAAGAGGAAGGGGGAAAAAGAGGGAAGGAAAUUGUGUGAGAGCAGAGGUAACGGAAGAGUGAUUCGUCCACGCCAGGAGCGCCGCACCACGCGUUUUGACUAGCACUCAUUUAGGGAUUUUUUUUUCUCUUUUCAUUUUUUUCUCUUUUUUUUCCUGCGUAGCUUGGGCUCUCUGGUUUGCUCACUUGUUUUCCCUGUCUUCUCUUCCUUUCUUUCUUUCUCGCUCUCGGCCUCACACAAAGGCUGGUGGAGAAAGCCUGCAAUCUGUUUAAAUAGCCCGGACGGAGCGUGCAGGAGGGAGGGAGGGAUAGAGAGAAAGACAGACAGAGAGAGAGAAGAUAUUUGCGAUCAACGAGAGGAGAAGAGAGGCGAUUGCUGGCGGAUGCUGACUGGAAAAGAGCUGUUUAUGCCCCGGAGAUAAAAGACUAUCCGACCAAGCUCACCCCCCUGCCCUGACAGCCCCUCUCGCCACCCUGCUCUGACCCCCCCCCUACAGCCCCUCUCGCCACCCAGCACGCUUUCAAGUAUGGAACAGCUGGGAGUAAGGUGAAGAAGGGUGCUUCUGGACAACAAGCAGUGGAUAGAGACUGAAUAAGGAGGAGAGGAGGGAGGGAGGGGGAGAGAGGGAGGAAGGAAUAGCCUACCCUCAGGACACACUGAGAAUCCCCCCUGCCUACUUUUUUUUUUUUUCUUGUGUUCUGCCACUGCCAUGUGCCUCUCUUGAUCUGAAGAAUGUGGAGACAGCAUUUCCCAGGUAUCCGGCCCCAGAUCAUGAAUGGGCCGAUGCACCCUCGCCCCCUAGUGGCCCUGUUAGAUGGGCGUGACUGUACAGUAGAGAUGCCCAUCCUCAAAGACCUGGCCACUGUCGCUUUCUGUGACGCCCAGUCCACACAGGAGAUCCAUGAGAAGGUGCUGAACGAGGCAGUAGGGGCCAUGAUGUACCACACCAUCACCUUGACCAGAGAAGACCUGGAGAAAUUCAAGGCUCUACGCAUCAUCAUCCGCAUCGGCAGCGGCUACGACAACAUCGACAUCAAGGCGGCCGGAGAGAUGGGCAUCGCGGUGUGUAACAUCCCUUCGGCGGCGGUGGAGGAGACAGCAGACUCCACUCUGUGCCACAUUCUCAACCUGUACCGGCGGAACACCUGGCUGUACCAGGCUCUCCGGGAGGGCACGCGGGUCCAGAGCGUGGAGCAGAUCAGAGAGGUGGCGUCCGGAGCCGCCAGGAUCCGAGGAGAAACGCUGGGCCUCAUCGGCUUCGGUCGUUCAGGGCAGGCGGUGGCGGUGCGGGCCAAGGUGUUUGGCUUCAACGUGAUCUUCUACGACCCGUACCUGCAGGACGGCCUGGAGCGUUCGCUGGGUGUUCAGCGUGUCUACACCCUGCAGGACCUGCUCUACCAGAGUGACUGUGUCUCCCUGCACUGCAACCUGAACGAACACAACCACCACCUCAUCAACGACUUCACCAUCAAACAGAUGCGUCAGGGUGCGUUCCUGGUGAACUCUGCGCGGGGAGGUCUGGUGGAUGAGAAGGCCUUGGCUCAGGCCCUGAAAGAGGGCAGGAUACGAGGGGCCGCCCUGGACGUUCAUGAGUCAGAACCCUUCAGUUUUACCCAGGGUCCUCUGAAGGAUGCCCCUAACCUGAUCUGUACUCCUCACACGGCCUGGUACAGUGAACAGGCCUCACUAGAGAUGAGAGAGGCAGCCGCCACAGAGAUACGCAGAGCCGUCACUGGCCGUAUCCCCGACAGUUUACGAAACUGUGUCAACAAGGAGUUCUUUGUUACCACGGCACCCUGGACAGUGGAGCAGCAGCAGAUGCAGCAGCAGAUGCACCCUGAACUCAACGGUGCUGCGUACAGGUACCCCCCUGGUGUGGUGGGUGUGGCCUCGGGUGAGAUCCCUGGGCCGAUGGAGGGGAUGAUGCCUGGGGGGGUGCCCAUCGCCCACACCCUGCCCUCUGGUACCCACCCCUCCCAGGCCCCCUCCCCCAACCAACCCUCCAAACAAGGGGAGCCCAUGAGACAGCACAUGACCGAGCCAUAACUCUGCAUCCAGGGAGGAAGGAGUUCAUAUAUACAAAACCGACCAACUGACCCACCCGCUCUUAGACCAGCAGACUGAUCAUUAGGGUUCACGCAGAACACCGGAACCAAGUGGGGACAGUGAAUAUAUUCACAACUGACACUCCAAAGUGGGGACAGUCAAAACUCAUGUUCCAAGGAUCUGAACUUUUCACUUCUCAUUUUCCUUUGUUUUAGUUUGUAUUCAGUUUAAGUGUUUACUCUUUUUUUUUUUUUUUUUUUGCGUUUGUUGGAAGAUUCCUGUGUUCUGGGACAAGUUGUUACCGAGUGCCAGAGUUAAGGCUCGCCCAUCUUGACUGACCCACCAAUGGGAGAGCUUGGAAGGACAAUGACAUCAUCUGUUACUGCCCCAUUCUUCAUUUCAGUUCAGUCCACGUGUGUCUGUGUAUUUUUCUUUCAACUGUUCUGAGACCACCCUACAAGUGAAUAUCUGUCUUUCUGUUCUUCAAUGUGAAAAAAAAUUAAUGAUUAUAAAAUGACAUAUAUUUAUCAGACAGUAGAAAAAGACAAUUGGUGUUGCCAGUGGCAUCGGCAGUCUCAAUGGGGACCUCUAAACCCUUUCCUAGUCCAUCUCUCACCCUGUUGACUGCUGGCUCAUGAAUUUACAGACAGUAAUGUUGGACACAUCAGGGUUGCCAGAUCUCUUGAGCCUCAUGACCAGUACGAGACAAAAACAAUAAGCCCAAAUUGCCAUUCUGAAGAAUCAAAACAAAACUCAAUUUAAGUGAAUAUGGGACCUAAAACCCUUAUUUGAAUUUGUCCAUUGUGAACAUCUCUCAACCCCUGAGAACACCCAAAGUAUUAUAGAGAAGAUUUUGUUCUGGUAAAACUCCAAUUUAGUCAUUUAGUUCCUCUAAAGAGCUUCUUCAAAGAUCCAGGUUCUGACGCACAGGUGGGAGAGAGACUAGUGUGAUAAAGGUUAUGAUCGCAAUUUCAGACAAUGUGAAGUUUUAACUAUUGAUGAAUUGCCUUUCAUUCCGACUUUGGAUUCAGUAAUGACAUGUGGUGGUCUGCCACUAAAAUAUUGAAAUGGAUGCAACGGCAGUUCUAACUGUUAAAAGCACCUCUGCUUUUACCUGGACCUCUACAUUAUGGAUUUGGACAUUGUCACGGGUGUUUGUAUACGAGAUUGAUCUCUUAAAAUGUCCUGUUUUUUUUCUCACCAAAUGGACUUACAAAGUAGCACCAGGCAGAUAGGAAAGGGUUUGGAAAGUGAGGUUACCGACUCAGGAAUCUUUUUUUGUUGCAGAUAUGAUCUUUUUCCCAAAUUCUGUCUGAAAGAAAAAAAAAGUCUGGAUGGUUCUGUGUGUUUCCACCUUUUCUUCAUUGUGGUAUUUUUAUAAAUCAAACCUGUCUUUUGGUGUUCAAGGUUUUUGCAGAGUCCUGUUAGAUUUGUAUUGGCUAGUUAAAUGUUCUUAUAAUCAUAGUCUAAUGUGAACCACCCUUUGUUUUUGGUUUUCUGUUCUAAUGAAAGCCAGUGGGAGCUCUUAGAGGCAUCGUGCACUGCACUCUGUGAGCAAUAGCAACACCCCUCUAGUGCCCCAAAGUUAGCAAGACAGGGCUGCUAGCAGAUUGUCUGGUUUUUAGUGUGAGUAUUUGUAUUUGUUUCUUGUACAAGGUGAACAUAUAGCAUUCAGUGCAGUUCAAAUAAAAAAAUGCUGCUCUAUCAGGCUCUGUGAAAGGUUUGUGAAAUUGGUGUUUGACUUUGCUGCUUAUUCAUGCAUAUGAAGUUUAACAUUAAUGUGGAAUUAACAUCAGUAGCUAGGUUUCCAUCCAACUGGCGACAGAUUUUCAUGCGAGUAUUCUAAAAUCCACAUAAAUAUGCGCAUUUUCCCACCGAACUGACUUGUUGCUCAUAAAAAUCAGUGCGUGAUGAGUAGUGCACACAAAUGUACUUUUUCGCUUAUGUUUUCAUGUACUGAAUAAAAAUGUAAAGUUCAA